AUGGAAAAACCACCUCCAGAACAACGUUAUCUUAAAGAUUGGGAUACAAAAUUAACUGAUGAUUGGAUUGAAUAUGCACAAGCAGCACAAACUUCUCAUUGUCGAAACAUCAAUGCAAAUGAGAAAGGUGCCAAGUAUAACGAAGAACUAUUUCACAAAAUCGAUGAACUUGUGCUUACGCACGCUUUUGGCACGUCGGCCAAAAAAGGAAAACCAAGUUCAAAUAUAAAAAUGAAUUUUAACUCCUCUCAGCGUCAAGCUGCUGAAAAAGUUCGCAAAAUGGUAUUAAAAUAUGGGAAAACUAAAAAUGCCGAAGAUGCAAAGAAUAGUGUAAGUCUGCAGGUGAUUUCGGUAACGAUGAUGCUUGUAGAUUGUCCUGAAGAGUCAAAAGAGAAAAAGAAGGAGGAAGAAAAGAAAGAUGAAAAAAAGCCACCUGGACUUGCUCAAGUUCCAGUUUUCCGUGUCGUAAAACCCGAUGGUAGUUUCUGCUUUAUCGAUCAUACGGCUCGAUGCUAUUCGAAUUGGAAAGAUUACCUGGAUAAUAACAAACUUCCUCGGUGUAAAAUGUGCUAUCCUAAAAAUGGCGUCUACAAAUUUAAACAAGGGCCUCCGAACAACACAGACGAAAAUAACAAUGACCAACAAUAUGUCCUUGACCUUGCUCUAUCUGAAUCAGUGUCUUGCACCAACUGGGAGCGCUUCAAGUCUGGAAGUCUUAAAGUUGUAUCCUACCUUGGCCUGGCGGCUGGCGUUGUAGCUAUCGUUGCAGCUCCUUUUACAGGUGGUGCCAGUAUUGGCGUGUAUGCAGGAUAUGCAGCGGCCACGGCAGGAUGGGUUAGUUUUGGCUGUAUGCUCAUUGGUGCCAUUGCCAAUCUUAGUUCAAUAUGGGAUAAAUUUUGGCACGAUGAAUCAUUUACUACAGAGUUAAUAUCACUUGCUAUGAUAGCAUUGCACUAUGGUGUUGCCAAGUAUAAUGCAAAAAUGUUGGAUAAACUCAAAUACAAAGAACCUGUUACACGUGCACAACUUGCAUUAAUGACUGUUCUCAACUGCACCCGAUUUUGUGUUGAUUCGAUCAUGUUUGCAGUGAUAUUUGUGCGUCUUUUAAUGAAAGUUUGUACUGAAGGUAUCGGCAAUAUUACAGCCAUUGAACUCAUGCAAUUCUCCAUGUCUGCUUAUUUCUUUGGAAAAACUGUUUUUGAACCAAAAACAGGAUAUGGAAUUAUCAAAGAAGCUCAGCGGAAGUACCUCAUGGUAGAAAAGAGAGCAAACAUUACAGUAAGAACUCUAAAAAAUAUAUAUAGCUUGGAAGGUAAAAUUUGUAGAAUGAGGAAGCACAAAAAAAGUAUGACGAAUUCAUAAAACCUGAAGAACGAUUUGGUGAUGGCAGCAGAAAACAAGUUUUUAAAGAUGAUUGGAAGGGAACCACUUGCUCGCAAGAUGCAUGCGAUGAACUAAAUAGGAAUGGUGCUCUCAUUCGUAAUAUAAAUGCUAUUGAUGAUUUGAAUCAAUUCUUUUUGUGAGUGAGAUUACUUUUUUUCUACACAUUAAGUACGAGAAUUGUUUAGGGAAGUAAGUGAUACUAAUUCAAUUUUAUCCAUGACCGAAGAUGGCAAAAUCAUGGUGAACGAACAAUUCGAAACAGAUGGAAGGAAGCUAAACGAUUUUGGCGAAACAAAGGAUGGCGUCAACUUCAGACGAGGCCGUUUGCUGCAAGGUUCAGCAAAUAUUCGACAAGCGAAUGUGGAUCUAGAAUCCAUUGAGGAGAAUAAGCAAUCAAUGACUAGUGGCGAGUACAACGAAAAAAUGAAAUCCUGCGGUAAACUUCAUCAUGACGGAGAAGAGAUGCUGAAAGAAGCAAGCAGUAAGUAACUAGACGAAGAAUAUAUUUGUUGCAAGAAAAAAAUGGAUCUAGACAUGUACCUAAUGCAAACUAUUUGAACUCGGCCCGAGCUCGAACUUUUGAAUUUCAAUUCAACUCAGCGCAGUGAUAGAUUAAUGUAUAGCCAGUUUUCUAGUAGUCAUUGAUAUUAGCUAGUAAGGAUACACUAUACCUGGCGCCUCUUGUAUCCAAUCAUUAGAUUUUAAUGAAUUUGGAUUAGCAUUGGAUCGAAUUUGACAUAAAAACUUGAGAAAUGACUUUGAAACGUGUAUACUUAGAUUUGAAAGGUAUGAAACUGUAAUUAAGCUUCUCAACUUUGAAAGAGUAACUGUGUUCACUUAUAAUUGAUGCAAAACGUUCAUAUGAAUAAUUUUUAUGACCUAAACACAAAGAUUUAUUGGAAAGUGUGAUAGUGUUUUAAAAAAAUGCUUUCAUCAGAAAACUUGACUUCAAGGUUUGAGAAAUUGAUUUCAGAUUCAGAUUCCUUCACCCCGAUUAGCUCUAGUCAAACCUUAUAAAACAUAUCUAUUAGAAAACGCUCAGAAAAAACGGCGGCGCUAAAAUUUUCGAAGAGCAGGGUCCUAAUACUCUGCUUUAGCAUGAUCGAAACAGCGUUGAUGAAGGAGAUGGGUAUCGAUAAGAAUAGGCGUUCAUCUUGAUAUGAGAGGAAUAUUUAGAGUCGAGUUUAAUCCAGUUAGAGUAUCUAGAACUGUUGAAGUUCAUACCCAACUCAUGACAGUUUGCUAAAACUCGACAUAAAAAAUCGUAAGGCCCUUUGAGUUUCGUAUAUUUCUAAAUCGAUUCCUGCAUGCAGCUGUGAAUUUCUUAGAUAUUCAGUUCGAAAUUUCGAUAAGCGGAAUAAACAUAGUUAUCAGAAAAAAAAUCUAAAUUUAUUAUAAUGAAAAUAAUCUAAGGAAAAAAGUUCACAUCAGUUUUUUCAUCAAUAUUUUUGCAAUCACUUGAAUAAUUCCAACAAAUAAAUAGUCAUUUUAAGGAGCGUUUCAAAGUGUACUUAUCACAUCAGAAUAGUGCUUCUACCUCAAGUAGUAGGAGAGUACCUAGACAAAGUUUGUUACAUUUGUUUUUUGUUCACAGAAAACAACGGAUGGGCGGUUUAAACGGCCGCAUUUUGUAUUUCCAUAUUUUAUUUCUUAAUAUGCUGCGUUAAAAACAAGAGAAUAUGUUAGAAGAUGCAGCGUGAAAGGCUCUACAAUCCGGAAAGUGAAGGCCAUUUUAAUUGCGCACUUUUUGUUUCCAAAAGCAGCGGAAUUCUGCGCCAUCGAUUCUUGAUGUUAUGACAAGAUUCUUUUUUCUGCAUAAAUAAUUCAUUUCAUCGUUCCAUCAUCUAAUACAUUUUACUGAAAAUUAAAAAUGUAUCACAGAAUGCAGCUUGAAAAGCAUUGCAAUUUAUAAGGAAACAGUUUAUUUUUUAAGACUGCUCAAAUAGUUGUCAGCAUAAAUUCACAGAAAAAUUGGCAUCUUUAUUACAUUUAAGAAUGUGAUUUUUAGAAAUAAACGUUACUAUUUUCAGGAUCUCGUUGAAUCACAAAUAGAAAAUGCUGUAAACGCCUUUACAAAAUGGUUUUUAGUUUUCUUUACUAUUUUCUAGCUGACGAACAUGAUCAGACUUUUCACUGUUGCUGUAAUUGAAUGCAUUCAUUCUAAAAUCUCAACAAACUUAAGAUU